UGUAAUGAAAUUAUUAAAAGUCGCCGUUGUGAUAAAGCCAAAGAUAUCCGUGCUGCAAAGUUUGAUAUCUUUGCAGUAUGUGAAGCUGUGUUAAAUCCGAAUCAUCCAAAAAUAUCAAUUGGCGAUAAUUUUCUGCGAAAACGAUUUGAUAUUUAUUUGAAAUCAUCUGAUACUACUAAAUCUAUUAUAAUUGAAGAACUUGGAUUUUAUCACGAAACUGAUAAUAAUUCUAUAAUUGAAGACGAUAAAGGUAAUGAUCAUCAGAGUAAUUACGGAGAAUUUAACAUAUCAGGAGAAGAUUAA